AAUGGAAUCCAUUAUUUAACCGAGGUUUUUUAUGACAGAUUAUUCAAACGAGGAAAUAAAUGCACUCGAAUAUGUGUUUCCAGAGCGAGAAGUUUUAAAUUUGAUCCCCACCAUGUAUUUGUUUGUAACUUCAUGUAGAUCUGUUAAAACCACAAAAGUGUGGGCGUUAAACCUAAAUUGUUGUAAAGUAUUUAUCUGUGAUUUUCACAGAGAGCAAGCUUGGGAAAGAUGGCUGUCAAAAACCAUAAAUGGAUGCUGCCUUGUGAAAGAUCAAGUUAAGAAAAUGCUUCGUGAUAUUGCACAUGCAAAAACAGAAGAUAUUUGUCAAAAGGCAGUUCAAGGGCUCCAGGAAUCACAAGUAUGGAAAAUACACCAAAAACUCGCUGAAUAUUUAACAAACACUUGGUUACCUAUCCAAAAGAGAUGGGUGUUUGCUUACAGACAGGAUCGUCUCCUGCUGAAUGUUAACACUAACAAUGGAACUGAGAGGCAGCAUCAAUCUUUUAAAUAUAGUUUUUUAGAAAAACGAAAGAAUUCUUCAAUAACAGCUAUGCUAAGUAUUUGUAUUGAAGAAUUUCUUCCUCACAAAUUUGACAACUAUUGUGAUAAAAAUAAAAAGGCACAUUCAUCAUAUAGAAAAUACAAUGCAAAAAUUCCGCCAUAUUUGAUUGAUUGUCCACGACCUUUGGUAAAACAUUGCAUGCAUUUAAUUGAUACAUUAAAAGGCCUUGACUUACAAGGCAUUAAUGCUGUAACUGACAAGAUAUACAACGUUGCUUCAUUUGAUUCAAAUAGUCGAGAAAUCUAUAAAUGCUAUCUUGGUGAUGAUAAACAUUUGCCUAGUUGUUCUUGCCCUGCCUGGUUUAGUAGUCCAUAUCCAUGCAAGCAUUUUUUUGCUAUUUUUAUAAAAGAAAAUCUCUCCUGGUCUGCAUUUGGUAGCUUAUACAGAAAUUCACCAUAUUUUAGCCUAGAUUUAUUGACAGAUGAAAAUAGCCAUGCAACCUCUGUAGUAUGUCAAGAUUUUUUUCAUCCUAACAAUGUUGGUAUUCAAAAUAAUGCUGUCGGACAUGAAACACAAUUGUCUAUACCUCUUGAACCUCAACCGUUUCCAAAUGUACAAGGAAUGAAUUUUAAAAGUACGAUUGCACCAAAUAAAAUUCAAAGUAGUCACUCUAUAAUAACAUGUCGUGAGCUAUUAAGCGAAAUCACUCAGAUGUCUUAUCUAUGCAACUCUCAAAAAAAUGUGGAUCUGUUGUUUGAAGGGCUUUAUAAAUUGAAAACUGACUUAGUUAAAAGCAUUACAAGUGAAAAUGGAAUUCUUUUGCGUCCAGAUAAUAAACCAGAUACUUGGAGCAAGACUGAAAUUAAUUCAACUAGACUUUGUCAUCUCCCAAUUAGACGAAAAAGGAAGAUGACUAAACGAGUUGGUGUCAAGUAUGAUGUUUACAAAGCAGCCUCAGAUAUAAGUGUAGUAACAAAAAAAGUUUCUUUACUUUCUGAGAUAAUCACAAAUCACUCCAUAAACGAAAGUUGUGAUAUUUUUACAGUUCCAAUUGAUUCAAUAAAGACUGAUGAAAAAUUAUCUGAUGAUAGCAAUGAGUUGCUUGAAGGCAACAUAAAAGAUGAUGGUAACCAUAUUCAAAGGACUGUUCAGAGUGUGCAAUAUCUGAAAUCUUCUUUGAUUGGAAAUUUAGAAAUGAAUGAGAUAGAAAAUGGUGAAAUGCUUAAUGAUAAAGUUAUUCAUUAUUGUCAACAAGUCAUGUCUAUGCAAUUGGAUAUUGAUGUUGGUCUGCAGGAUCCUAUUAAAGGUCAAGUCCUAGCUUUUAACAUCCAUCCGAACACCCCAUUUGUCCAAGUUCUUCAUGAUGGAAAUCUCCACUGGAUUUGUGUGACCACAUAUGGUUGUGCUGCAGGAGAAAUAUAUAUUUUUGAUAGUCUUUUUCAUGGUGCAGUUAGUUUUGACACAAAAAGGCAAAUAUGCUCUAUUUUACAAUGUGAUAAAAAAUAUCUUAUGAUUAAAGUAUUGCCUAUUCAACAACAAACUAAUGGUGUUGAUUGUGGACUGUAUGCUAUUGCUUGGGCUAGACAAAUUCUUGAAGUGAAGGGAAUACCUUCCACUUCUCUAAUGUUUGAAGAAAGUGAAAUGAGAAAGCAUCUCCUUAUGUGUAUACUAAAGAACCGGUUAGAUGUCUUCCCUACCACAAUCAAUCCAGCUAUGUUUAAAAAAUGUGCAGCAAAGGACUUUCGUAUACGCUUGCAUUGCUCUUGUCGCAUGUUUUGGACCCAUAAAGAUGAGAACAUUUUUAGCAGGCAAAUGGCUCAAUGCUUUACUUGCAAAGAAUGGUUUCAUCGGCAAUGUGAAAGAAUUCCACAGAGCGCUUAUGAACAAGAAGAUGAGCUCUGGUAUUGUCAGCAUUGCAACAGUAUAGCAGACAUUAAUACUACAAAUGAAGUAUAAUAUCUGAAACUGUCAUGACAUUCUUAACAAAGAAAUAAUAAAAAUUAGGUUUAUUCCUUACUUAAUAUAUGACCUUGUUAUACUAACCAUCAGGUAUUGAUUUUUAAUAAUUAUUAUUAAUAAAUCUUAUUUAGAUUUAGGUAUAGAUUUUUAUUUAUUCAUGAUAAUAACUUUAUCUUAUUUAAUUCAAUAAAUCUGUCUUUGCUAGCAUAUUGAUAAUCAUUUUUUAAACCAAUGAAAUAAAUAAGAACAUGCUAUCAUACUGUCAUACACACAUACUUACACACAACGCUUGAGUUAAUAACUCAUUAUUUAAUGUUUAUGCAAAAUUAUCUUGCAUGUUUAUGCAAAAUUAUGGGCAUAGAAGUUUAUACCAAUCUGAUAUUAGCAUAUAUUUUUACAAUUGGCAUUUUUAUAUAAUGCCAUUUUUAUUUGGUAUGAACACCCUAAUUGUGUUGUUUAUGUCAUUUAUUUGAAAUGAGAUUUUUUAUUUUGACAUAAACUGCUUAUACCUUUUUAAUAUUGGCAUAUCAAGAUUUAUAGCCUUUUGUGGUAUAAGCCUUUAGGGUUAACACACACACACACACACACACACACACACACACACACACACACACACACACACACACACACACACACACACACACACACACACACACACCAUAGUGUUAUUAUUCUUAAUUAGAUUUUUUUUUUAGGGCGGUGAGCGGAACUUGGCUACCUUCUCGUGGUGCUCACUGUUAGAAAUGAGUACAAGAGAUAAAAAUUAACAUUUGAUUUUUAUCUCUUGAAUCAUACACAAAAUGCCAAGUCGAGAAAGCAAUAGUCGAUUAUAGUCAGUCUGGUUCUACCGAUUUAUUGACUUUUUUUUAUUUACAUAGUUUGGUUUAACAAAGUCAUUUUAAUGUUUUUAUGAAUUUUGAAGAAAUAUAUGCAAGCAAGAAAUUUGGAACUUUA